AGACCUUUCAUUAGUAUGGGGGGUGUCGGAAACAGAACCAAAGCUGACAAAAUUGAGAGGACUAUUUCCGCAGAGUUAGCACACUCCCUCAAACUUAGACAACAGCGAAAGUGCGAAUCACUAAAAUGUUGUCAUCCUCAACCUCAAGGAUCACUUUCAUUUCUAGUUCAUGAAGCUGUUGAUUCCUUCACUUGCAUGCUCUCUGUGCGUCGUACUCCUCCCAUCAUCCAAUUUAACAAGAUUUUGGGAUCCCUUUCCAAGACGAAGCAUUUCCACGCCGCCGUUUCCCUUUUUCAGCAAUUGCAAGCCAGAGGAAUCGCGCCCAGCAUAGUUACUUUGAGCAUCUUAAUCAAUUGUUGUUUCGGCAUGGGUCGUAUGACGCUUGCUUUCUCUGUAUUGGCCAAAAUUUUCAGGAUGGAUUUUCAACCUGAUACGGUAACUAUGACAACAAUCCUGAAAGGUCUCUGUCUCUGCGGUAGUGUUGAAAAAGCAGUGCACUUUCAUGACAGAGUGCUGGCUCAUGGAUUUCACUUCGACCAAGUCACUUAUGGGACCUUGAUCAAUGGGCUCUGUAAGACCGGACACACAUCAGCUGCUAUUCAAGUGUUGAGAAAGAUCCCACGGUAUGGCAUUGCUCCUGAUGUCUUCAUGUACAGCGCAAUUAUUGAUAGCCUCUGCAAGGAUACACUUGUAAGUCAGGCUUUUCAUUUAUUCUCUGAAAUGCUUGCUAAGGGAAUUUCUCCCGAUGUUAUCACCUACAACACUCUCAUUUAUGGAUUGUGCCUUGCUGAUCAACUCAAGGAAGCCGUUCAUUUGCUAAAUGAUAUGAUUCUCAUAAACGUUACUCCAAAUGUUCGUACCUAUAAUACUUUGAUUGAUGGGCUAUGCAAGGAAGGAAAGAUCAAAGAUGCUAAGAGUGUAUUGGCUGUAAUGGCAAAACAUGGUGUGAAACCAAAUGUGGUUACUUAUACCAGCUUAAUGGAUGGUUAUUGUUUGGUUAAUCAGGUAAAUAAGGCAAAAUAUAUAUUCAACACAAUGACCCAAAUUAGAGUGUCACCCAAUGUUCAAAGUUACAGUAUCAUGAUUAAUGGCUUCUGCAAAAGUAAAAUGGUCGAUGAAGCCUUGAAUCUCUUUGAAGAAAUGCGUAGCAAGAACUUGGUUCCAGACACGGUAACUUACAACACUCUUUUUGAUGGCUUGAGCAAAUCAAAGAGAAUCUCCCGUGCUUUGGAGCUUCUUGUCGAGAUGCAUGAUAGAGGUCAACCCGCUGAUGUAGUCACUUACAAUUCAUUGUUGGAUGGGAUGUUCAAAAACCAACAACCUAACGAGGCAUUUAUGUUAUUCAAUCAAAUGAAAGAGUGUGCCAUUGAUACAGAUAUAUUCACUUACAAUAUACUUAUAGAUGGCCUAUGCAAAGGUGGAAGACUUAUAGAUGCAAAAGAGAUUUUUCAAGAUCUUUCCGUUAAAGGCUAUCCGUAA